AUGAGGUGGAGGCAAUUGGAGAUGGAUGAGAUUCGUCGUGGAUGUCGAUACUCGGAGCUCGAAAUUCGUUCGGAAGCUGGAGAAUCUAAUGCCUGGAUUGUCAGGCCCUCAAUUUCGGCUCUGAGCCUCUGGCCAGUAUCGGGAGAGCGGGGAUUUCCAGCCACCGACAUGUACCUCCGUAUCGCUGCUGCGCCACAGACGGAUAAGUUUAUGCAAGUGCACUCGGUGGCUGAAGCUCCCGAUGCACCUUUCUUAACCAAGCAGCAGCCGACGUCACAACCGACAUCAGAAGAUUCAUGCCGCGGGCGUUUCCGGCGCGCGCUGGCGCAGGGCGACUACAUUACCCUUUAG